AUGACGACUCCGGCAGAACGGCUUCAGACCCCCGAGGGUCGGUCUCGCCUGAUCAAACACUUCGAACAAAGUUCGAUCGAGAAGCACAAUGAUGCGUGGAACGACCUAUGGGAGACUGGUAGCAGUAACAUGUGGGACAGGGGGAAGCCCUCACCCGCCUUAAUUGACCUUCUGGAGCAGAGAGAGGACAUAUUGAGCCCAAUUGCAGCUAACGGCCAGAGGAAGAAGAUUCUCGUACCCGGAUGCGGAAAAGGCUACGAUGUGGUCAUGCUUGCUCUGCAUGGAUUCGAUGCCGUUGGGCUCGAGAUCUCAUCCAAGGGAGUUUCUACUGCAGAGGAGUAUGCACACAAAGAGCUCCAAACGCCACAAGCAUACAAUUUUGGGCCUGCUUGGGCUAAUAAGUUUGGAAGAGGCUCGGUAUCUUUCAUCCAGGGUGAUUUCUUCCAAUCUGACUGCACCAAAGGGGAGAAGUUUGACUUAAUUUAUGACUACACUUUCCUUUGUGCUCUUCAUCCGGAAAUGCGUGCUCAGUGGGCCUCACGUAUGGCCGACCUGUUGUUUUCGGGUGGCCUUCUGGUUUGUCUGGAGUUUCCUCUCUUCAAAGAACUCAGUCAUCCAGGCCCACCAUGGCCCUUGCAAGGUGUCCACUCGGACUUACUGGCUGAGGGCGGUGAUGGAAUCCUGUAUCCUCCUAAACCACCCCAGCAGGCGGGAACAGGUUCUUUCGAGAGGAAGUGGUAUAUCAAGCCCGAGAGAUCCUACGAGAGUGGACAAGGAGCCGAUAUGUUGAGCAUCUACGCAAGAAAAUAA